ACAAAACAAGAAAAAAAGAACAAGAAAAGCAACAAGCACUCAAGUACAUACAUACGCUUGUUAAGCACAGUUGCUGCUCUGCGUCUUCUGUUUUCGUUUGCAUUUAGCAUCUCUCUCUCUCUCUUGCUCUCUUGCUCUCUUGCUCUCUCUCUCUCUCUCUCUCUCUCUCUCUCUCUUGUGCGGAGAGACUCUUUGGGUUUCUGGAGCAAUCCGCGCCAACUGUAACUACUACUUUUUACUCUACACACUUCACGCACAACCAUUUCGUUCAUGAAAACCCUACUGUGCUGAGAAAGUGUGGGAAUCGGGGUAGGGUUUAGGGUCUUGAAUCGAAUUGACGGAUAAUAGGGAAUUUCCAGGUUGAUAAAAUUUAUGCACUAGGACCUGAAGCUGAGCUUGUAGAGCAGCAUGGGAUUUGAUAAUGAAUGCGUAUUGAAUAUCCAAUCUCUUGCCGGAGAGUACUUUUGUCUGGUUUGUAGUCUGCUUGUCUACCCGAUGAAGCAUUGCAGUGACAGUGCACUCAUCUAUACUAGAAGCCAUGUUUGACAUUCGUUGUGAGCCCUACCUGACAGUUCCCAAAUGACAGCUACUUAGUGACAGAAGCCGAUGCCAAGCUACUUGUUGAACCGAAUAAGACCCCCCCUGAAACCGUAGGAAAAAUAGCAGAUCAUUGCCUCUAGCACAGGAGUGGAUGCACAUGGCAGGGACCUCUGGAUGUGCCUUUGGCAAUUCUUCUGUAGGAUGCAACAGGUGUGGAAUCCAAAUUGUGCAUCGUCAGGUGCAGGAGCAUGCUCAAAAUUGCCCUGGUGUGCAGCCUCAAGCGCAGCAGACUGAUGGUGCUUUGGACACUUCAGCUUCUGGCACAUCAGCUACUGCUGAUCAGACCCAGGCUGCCACUCAGUCAGGAGUAGCGAAGUCUCAGGCCCAGGUUUUUCAAAUUUCAAGUGUCACUCCACCUGGAUCUGAUCCAGAUCAGAAAGCAAACUCUAGUUCUCAAGCUGUUGUUCAAGCUGCUGUGCCAACUGCUGAACAGUGGUACCAACAUCAGCAACAAUAUCAACAGUACUACCGGCAGAACUACUUUACCUAUCAACAGGCAGCAGUUCAACAAUCACAGCAGCGGCAUUUGCAAUCUCAUUUACCAUACAGGACAGUCCAGCAUCAACCUCGGGCAUACUUGCAAUCUCAGCCCCAAACUCAACCUUCACUACGGGCCCAACUAUCUCAAUCUCAAUCUCAACCCCAACCCCAAAUUCAGCCCCCACAUGUGCAGGUUCCUGUUGCCGCUCAAACUCAAAAUCAGGCACAAGUGAACAAACAGCAGCAACUUCACCCUGCAGUGCAGACUUAUCCAGCUGCUCGUAGGCAGCCACUCCCUCAAUCUCUACAAUAUUUCCAAGCUCCAUCCCAUUCACAACCACAUCCUCAGCAUGUGCAAAUGCCUCAUAAUCAGCAGGCCCAAAUUCAGCAACAUACCCACUCCCAGAUUCACCCGCAACACCAUCCCAUUUCUCAACCCCAACCUCAUUCACAACCUCAGCCACAGCCACAAGCACAGCUUCAACAGCAUCCCCAGCCCCAUCCCCAACUUCACCCUUCUCAGUCCAUGAAUACUACCGUCCAGCCUCAGACACAACAUCCAUCAUCUCAUGCAGUGACUGGUAAUCACUUGUACCCUCAACCUCACCUUCACCAACCAGUGCAGUCAGGCGCCCCACAACAACAUACUACGGACAUGCAAUCUCAUGGUGUACCUCACUCUCAGUCACGAACUCCUGUUCAAAUACAGAGUCAAUCCCCUCAACAACCCCCAGUCAUGCGGCUGCCCCCAUCUCAUAUUCCAAACCAGCAGCAGCCAGCUUUGUUGCCUUUUCCUGGUCAAAUCCGAAACAUUAAUCCUGCAAAACAGCAGCUGGUUCACUCUUAUGCUCAGCAACCUGGGAAUACUGUUCAACAACGCCCUCUUAUGCAUGCAGUUCAACGAUCGAUUCCUCGUCACCAUCGGCCCUAUGUACAACAGCAACCACCUACACAGUUACAUCCCCGGGGUCAAUCUCAUUCAUUCCCUCUACAUGUUCAUGCCUAUACGCAGUCUCAGCGGAACAUUGCAUUGUCUCAGGGCAUUCAACUUAGCCAGUCUAAUAUUGGCGGAAGUGGAAGGCCUAUGAUGCCAAUUCAUGGAGUACAAUCUCAGACCUCUGUACAAACCACUGGAGGUCUUCACUUGAGGCCAGUGCAUCCUGCUGUAAAUCUUCCAUCUACAAAUCAGAGCAAUAUGGUCAGAACAAAGAACCUAGUGCAAUCUGGAGCGAACUCGAGACCAACUACGUCUGAGAGGCAUGCUGAGCAAGAAUCUGAGUCAUCAGCUCAGCAAAUUGCUAAAAAUGUUACACAUGAUGUGGGUACAGCAUCUGCUGUGGUAGGUGAUGCCGAGGUUAAAACUGUGAAAUCUGAGAUGGAUAUGAAGUCCAUUGAUAAUGAGUAUAAACCUACUGGUGAAGAUAAAACUAAUCAUGGUGAUACAUCUUCCAAGGAGAUUCCAGAUAUACAUGCACUUGAAAAUGGAGAGUCUGUAAGUCAAUCAAUGUUGAAUGCGGCUGAUCAAAAUAAGGUACGAAAGUUGGGGGUGGCAAGAGGGAGGCAUUAUAGAGGGGUGAGGCAGAGGCGGUUGGGGAAGUUCACGGCUGAGAUUCGGGACCCAGCUAAGAAGGUAUCCAGAAACAGAGUGUGGCUUGGGUGCUACGAGACCUCUGAGGAAGCGGCUUUGGCUUAUGACAGAGCCGCCUACCGCAUACAUGGCUCCAAGGCUUUGCUCAAUUUCCCAAUCUGCCACACCAGAUUGCCUUGAACGAGCCUCCACCUGUCCGAGUCAGCGGCAAGCUCAAAGAACCGGAGAAAGAGGCUGCCACUGCUUCAACAACGCCGAAAUCCAGUAAGAGGACCACUUCUCGGCGGCUGACCAUGAUCAUCAAGCAAAUGUAUUUCGGACAAUGCAAAAGAAUAGUAUGGGUCUGCUGUCACUUGGCGAGAAACUAUUGCAAAUCGUGGUCAGGUUGGUGGGGUGAUUGUAGACCGGCAAGACAGACUUAUACUUACUCUCCUUUUCUUUCCAAGCUUGGAGUUGUGGAUCCAAAAGCUACCGCGGAAAGGACUUUCAAUGUAGGUGUUGACGAGGUUGUGAACUUGCUUUUGUGCUCUUUAGUCCCUAAGACGCCCUUUACUGAUAUGCUGCUCAAGCCUAAACCAGAAGCACAAUUGAUCAACGAAUUUUGUGAUCGAAUAUCUAUAAUUUCUCAAGUGGCAGAAUACACCAUGCAUGGUGAUCCAAACAUUUCUUUUACACUUAUAGUUAGCUAGUCAACCAAGAAGGUUUGCUAUGCUGAAGCAGGGGAGGAUUUUGUAGUUUUUUUUCUUCAGUUUCCUUGUUGUUCCACUUGGGUUUGUACUGAAGCAGAUAGGCGAUGGUUCUUCUUGGAAAGGAUGCAUUGAUAACUUGUACAAGAGUGUAGAAGAUAUUGAUGGCCAAUACUUGAAGUCAACUUCCCACAAAACAAUUUUACUUAGUUCCAAGCUAGCCCCUGGUUUUAGCUAUGCUAACCAUCCUUUAGGAAUCGAGGGAGCCACUUUUCACUCUAAUGAAUCAGAGAAACCAGUUUUUGUAGACCCCAAACCACCCUAUAUUGAAGAUGAUUGUGUUGGAGGAUUCUUAAGAGCUCCGGCAAUGUUCAUGGUAACUGAUAGCCUGAUCGUAAGGUGGAGGGGAGUUACCUGUCACUGACAUUGAAGUGCAAUGAAUCUUGGCAAGGUGGAGACCUGAACUUCUACUUGGGGUGUCCAACUAUGAUGGGUUGAAGUUGAACAGAAGAAGGAUUUGAGUCUUUUGGUGGCUGCUUUUCUUUUUUACUCUCCUCUAACUGAUUUCUAUAGGAUGACAGAUCAAGAACAUUAAGAGGCUGUUUUUAAAAGCUAUCGUCGGAAGCCCAUUGCUUUUGAAAUGAUCGAGUUGUUUUAUUUGUACCAAAAACUUUCUACUGCUCAACUUUAAAGGGAAACAGCUUUUUGUGAAAAACAGAGGAGGAUAUGUAUUUGUUGAAAACAUGAGCACCAGUAGACAAAUUGUUGUUUGGGGCUA